CAGACAAACAUACAUCACAUGGUACAAUUUACAGUGCUGUUACAUUGAUGAAAACUCGCAUGGGAAGUCUGGGAGUUGUUGUUUGUGACUUGUUACAUCAAUGUUCUCUACUUUUCUCUACAUAAACGCGUUGUAGUCUGUCAGUGUUGAGUCGUGAUAUUAUCAUUUGUAAUUCAUAUAAUAGUUCUUCAGUUAAACAACGAAAAUGGCUGAAUUCGUAAUGCGUCGCUCGGAGGAUAUGCUUCCGGAGUUUGAGCAGAUGCAGAGAGUUGGAUUAUUUAAUGAAAAUGAGCUGAAGGCAAUUAUAAAGAAGACCAUGUCACACGAAUAUAAGCUUGUACGAAGGGUCAAAGUGAAAAAAGAUUUUCUUGCGUACAUUCAAUAUAAAAUCAAUGUAAUUUCAUUGAUCAAAAAAAGAAGGAAGCGGCUAAAUUAUUUUUUUAAAAAAGACGAAAUUGAAUAUGCUAUGGUUGGAAAAAUUCACAGUCUUUUCAAGCAAUGCUCAUUUCGAUGGCCUGAUGAUCUGAAACUAUGGCUUUCACAUAUUGAAUUUUGUAAGCAGUGGAACAAGAAAUUACAACUGAGCAAAAUAUGGACUUCAAUGUUGCAGCUUCAUGGCAACAACAAUAUUCAUUUGUGGGUGAUGGCAGCCAAAUGGGAAUUAGAGGACAACCAUUCAGUUGACAAUGCCAGGCAAAUAUUUUUACGUGGAAUAAGACAUCAUCCGGAAAACUCUAAAUUAUGGCAAGAAUAUUUUAGAAUGGAACUCAUUCAUGUUCUUACAACGAGGCAACGACUGUCUUUAUUGAAAGAAGGUGAACAAGCGGAUGAUGAAGAACUGAAAGAAAAUUUUCUGAAAGGAGAAGCAGCUUGUAUCGUAUAUAAAAAUGCAAUUGUUGCUAUUCCAAAUGACAGCAAAUGUAAAUGUGGAUUUCUUGAAAUUGCUCUGCAUUUUGCAUUUUUCGCUGGUGAUAUCAUCAAUGAUAUCAUCGAUGACCUUAUGGAUAAUCACAACACCGAUCCAUAUGCCAGAAGCAUGCUUGCAAAAUUGCACCUACAUCCUUCUGUACUCAAUCCAGCGACAGAUUCAUCAGACCAGGUCACACUGAAAGCAGAUUCAUGGGCAGCAGAGAAAAAGUGUUGGGAAGAUUUUGAUUCUGCACUUAUUGAAGUUAAUAAUUCUGAAAUGUGGAAAGAAUACAUAACGUUUCUUUAUGAAAGAAUAAACGAUUCAACAAAUAAUGAUAAAGGAAAAUUUGAAGUAACAAACCAUACACUGAGAUCGUCAUCUAAGCAAAGAUCUGUAUCUGAUGAGAGGAUCCAGCAUUUCAUAUCUGUGUCAGAGAGAGGACAUAAGUCAAAAAUGCUUGAUGAUGAUUGCUACUUGUUAUAUGCAAAUCAGUUAGCGUUCUUGGGAAGAGAACUGGAAGCUAUCAAAAUACUUCAUGCUUGUGUAGAGGAACCUGAUUGUGCUUUUGCUAUUAAAUUAAGGCUAUUGGAGAUGCUCGUAGCCAAUGAGAAAAUAUCAUUCGAACAAAACAUUGACAUUAGGCAGUUUUUCGGAAAAUUGUCAAAGUUGAUUUCUUCUAUGUCACAAGAAGAACAGGACGUCUUUUGGACGUUGUGGUUCGAUUAUGCAAAGAAGAAAAAUGAUGAAGAAUUUGUUUUGAAAUCUGUUGAAAUAUCUGAAACAUUAAAAUCAUCCCAAUCGAAUAGAAUAAAAUCAUUGUAUAUUGAAUGGUCGGUUUCUCGACAUGGUGUGGAAAAUAUCAUGGAAAUUUACGAAAAGAAACUUUGUGCUCUAUGCUCUCCAUCGUUGGAUUUAAUCAAAACUGUUAUAAAGGUAUUGGAGUCUUCAGAAAACCAGUAUGUAGAAUCAAUUACGGCCUGUUAUGAGGAUGCCGUGAAAUAUUUUGGGCUGGAAUAUCCAACUGUGUGGCUUGAUUAUAUUUCUCAUAUCCUUAAAAUCGAUCCUGUAAAAGUUGGUAAAAUACAUUGGAGAGCAAUGAAAACAUUAAAGCCUGAUUUAGUCGAAGAAUUUGUAUCAGGUUAUACACUCAUCCACGCUAAAACAUAAAUUGAGUAAAAUAUCUCACUCAUUUGCUUGUUUAGUAAAAAUGAAAGGUGAAAUGCUACCCUGAUUCAUGCUAAAAACGAAUUCAUAAAAUUCUUUUUUCUUAAAGCAUGUCACAAAUUAAUCUCUUCUUGUGAACGAAAUAACUAUGACAUUAAUGCCACUGAAAUUUUUACUGUACCUGAGCAUUUCGAUGAUAUUAAAAUGAUUUACUUAAUAUACAAUGAAUAGUAUGGAAUAUAUUGUUUCAUUUCAGUUAGUGGUUGUCCCAACUUCAAAGAGCAGUGGAUUGAUCAUAAGCUCCCAGUUUAAGAAAGUGUUCUACAAAUCAUUUGUUUGAAAGUCUUCACAGCGUUGAAAUAUAGGUAGAACAAUACUAAAUUUUGGCUUCAAUAUGGCUUUAUUUUCAAUUUUGAUUCUUUUUUUCAUCACUAUUCAAGUCAACGAAUUUCUCCACAGUUACGAAAUCUUACUUUGUAUUUGGGUGUAGUACCACUGAUAUUUUUUUACUAAUUUAGUGUCGUUGUAAUAUGCAUAUAUAAAUCAUUUAAAAUGUAAAAAGCCAGAUUGAAAGUUGCAUAUAUCACGAACAAAUGUCCCUUUAAGGAUUGAAUAACAAUUACAAAUAGAGUUGUUACAAUUA